AUGGUCAUUGACUCCGCCUCAAAGGCUGUGUGCGAGCUAGUGAGAUCGGCUGAAGACGUGGGCUUUCGAAAGGUGCUGGGUUAUAGCGACGGUACCAAACCAGCCAUCAGACGAUUGGCCAGACGUGGUGGCGUGAAACGUAUUUCGGGUUUGAUAUACGAAGAAACUCGUGGAGUUCUCAAAGUAUUUUUGGAAAAUGUUAUCCGUGACGCCGUUACUUACACCGAACACGCCAAAAGGAAAACAGUGACAGCUAUGGACGUCGUCUACGCUCUGAAACGUCAAGGACUGAAAAAAUCGCCAAAAUCUCCUAAAAAGGCCGCAGCCGCCGCAAAACCGACAGCCGCCAAGAAAGCUGCAGAAGAGAAAAAGGCUAAGCCGGCUGCCGCAGCUGCCAAAAUUAAGACUCCAUCGAAAGCCAAAAAGUCCAACAAGGCCGGGCCUACCAAGAAACCGAAGGCACCUAAACCGAAAACUGCCAAAGCGCCAGCUGCAGCUCCAGCGAAGGCAAAAAAGACGGCGUCAUCCAAGAAGAAGAAGUAA